GGCAAGAACCAACAAGCCCCUGUGCGUUCGUUUCUACUAGUGCGCGCGCGUUUGCACUAGCUAGCAGCGCUCGCACCUAACCACCACGACAUUCACGCUUGCUCUGCUGGCUAGCUAGAGUGAUAAGUAGAGAGAGUCGAGAGGAGAAGAAGGUCGGAAGGAGAGAUGAGGCAGUCGAGGUUCAAGAGGAUCUGCGUCUUCUGCGGCAGCAGCCAGGGCAAGAAGAGGAGCUACCAUGAUGCCGCCAUUGAGCUCGGCAACGAGCUGGUGGCGAGGGGCGUGGACCUGGUGUACGGCGGCGGCAGCAUCGGCCUCAUGGGGAUGGUCUCGCAGGCAGUGUACGACGGCGGCAGGCACGUCAUAGGUGUCAUUCCCAAGACUCUCAUGACCCCAGAGAUAAGUGGGCAGACUGUGGGGGAGGUGAGGGCCGUGGCGGACAUGCACCAGAGGAAGGCAGAGAUGGCGAGGCAGUCUGACGCCUUCAUUGCCCUGCCUGGAGGGUAUGGUACACUGGAGGAGCUGCUCGAAGUGAUUACAUGGGCGCAGCUGGGCAUCCAUCACAAGCCGGUUGGGCUGCUGAACGUGGAUGGGUACUACAAUUCGCUGCUGACCUUCAUCGACAAGGCCGUGGAGGAAGGGUUCAUCAACACCUGCGCCCGCCGCAUCAUCGUGCUCGCCCCGACUGCCGAGGAGCUCAUGGAGAAGCUUGAGGAUUACGUGCCUUACCACGACAGGGUCGCGUCGAAGCUGAACUGGGAUAUAGCGGCGGAGAUAGAGCCCCUACCCCUAGCGUACUUACACUAGCUAGCUGCAGCGAAAGGGCGAGCGGAGUUGCGAUGUUUAACUUGAUGAAGAUUUGGAGUGCGCUGGAAUGGAUUGAUGAAGGUGUUUGAUUGAUGUAGUACUAGCAAAUUAAGUGAGCGUGCGUGGGUCCGUUUUGUAUAUGUUUUUGCUUCGGUCCGGGACAGCUUAAGGAUAUUGUAAGACCUGACCGGUUCCAGCUCCCUCUUAUUCUCGUCCAAUCUCUACCUGCUUAAACACUAGUAGUACUAGUAUCUUCUAUCAAUAUGAAUGUAGUGUCAAGGUACUGAAUCCAAUGACUUGAGCAAGACA